UGUUUCCCUAGGUUUCGGUGAUCGACGUUCGACCAAUGUUUGCGGAGGCAUUUCCAUCAGAGGUUCCUAUCCAGACUUCUCUGCGCAAGCGAAAGAGGGAUUCCGAAGAACCCAUGGGCGACUCGAGAAGACCCAUCAAACGCAUGCGACGCUGUGAUGAACCACAAGUACCAGAGUGGUCGGAGGAACUAUUCGACAUUGGUGCCGAGGCCGUGGAUUUCCCGUCGGAAUUGAGCUUUGACAAUUUUGUUACUGUCGAUGAGAGUUUCUUCGAUGCAGAGACCGUCGUAUUGGAGUGGGAACCCCCUCUGGUUGAAGUCGUUGAUACCGAUCGUUGUGUAAAAGUUCGUUUUGCAAAUGAAAUUCCCGGAGAGGUUUUGGAGGCACAUCUUCGUCACCAUGCUUCUGGGAGAAAGGGAAUUUCCCCUGUUGUCCGUUAUUGAUGUACGCGUGAGUUCAGCGAACUUUGUCCUGGAGCUCCUUGCUUCGAUUUUGAUUUGGUGUAGCUGCUUCAAUUUCGCUGUUUGAUAAUCGUGGUUUCCUUAUUAUUAUUAUUUUUUUAGA